GCUACUGUAAAAUGAUUCUGAUUAGUUCCCUCGUCACCAUUCAUGAUAUCCAGAAAGAUGUCCGACCGUCUGCCCGAAAUUCACACUACCAGGCUCAACGAUAGUAACGAAGUUGAUAACACUGCGGCUAAGCUGAUGAAAACAAAUCUCAACGACUAUUCGAUGUAUGAAGUAGAUGAAAAACAUAAUACUACUUGUCCUCCCGAUCUGAUGGGUUUCGAUGUGAACCUUCUACGUAAUCUCACUGCUCAAGAUGCGUACUUACGCGAGCAAUUGAGUAGUUGUGUGAAAUCAGCUCUAGCUGCUCAGGAUCCAUGCACUUUGGCGGAUGAUGAGAGGGAAGAACUGUUGAGACAGAAAAGAAAGGAAGACGCCUACAAAACUGCUCUAUGUGAAUCGUGGCGCCGUACACAAACCUGCAGUUACGGUAAAGAUUGUCGUUUUGCGCAUGGAGUGGACGAGUUACGUCUGCCGUCUCAACCUCGUGGUCGCAAUCAUCCAAAGUACAAAACGGUUCUUUGCGAUAAAUUUUCUAGCACUGGGUACUGUAAAUACGGAGCGAGAUGUCAAUUCAUCCAUAAAAUCACUAAUCCAGCUAUACUAGCGCAGCAAAUGCUAGCACAUGAAAAUGCCUCCCUUAGGGAGAGUAUGCACUCUAGCUAUGAUCAACAGCUUCCUAAUUACCGUAAUCCGUAUGCAAUUUCACAAGCGUCGAAUAGAAGACUGGCUGAUUUGAAUGUGAGCAUGCCAAUCGAAGCGAUCAAUCAGCGUAGCGAUGUGGAUCGUGCCCUAGCUCGUACCGUUGGCAAUCAGAAUGUCGCUCGCAUCGCUCGCUCGGUCGAAAGUCGCCAUGCGCUCAGCAGUCUGAACUGGUUCAACGCGAGUAAUCGUCGCUACUAAUGUCGGGCAUCUUUUCCCAUUUCCUUAUUUGCCCAAACAUUUUUUAGCCAUUAUGCCACACCUGGUGAUGUUCAUCUUGUCCGUGUAGUCUCGAAAAUCUUGUAAAUAUCGUACACUGUAUUUCGAUUUGACACUGUAUAUGAUUGACUACAUUUGUUCAUAUUGUACUAUAUUGCUUGCUUG